AUGUCGGUCCUCCUCGGCGCCCAGUACAGCGACAGCAGCAGCAGCAGCGACGACGAAGCCGCGCCGACGACGGCGCCGCGCGCUGUGUCAAAGCGAUCUGGCAUCGCGUUGCCGUCGGUCGAUGACGUCUUUGCGACAACACAGCGCCCGACCUUUCUGGACAAGCCGGUGGCCGCCACCUCGAACGUCUUUGAUGUCGAGGAGAAGCUCGUCGCUGGCAACGACGACGACGCAGACGACGACAACGAUGAUGAUGCAGCAGCUCCAUUGCUCAACCAGCCAACGUCGCCGAAAGGUCGCAUAAUCAACAGCAUUGAAGAGUUUCCAGGGCUCUCGUCGCCGACGCGGAGCAUGCCCAAGAAGCGGACGCGCGGCCAGCCAGCGACCGCCGCGAAGCGCAAGGCCGACGACUCUUCAAAGCCUUCUGGAAAAGACCGCGUCAAGGCGCAGCGGCUAAAAGGUCAGUCGGGCAUUGGCAGCGACUUUCGCGGUUGGAAGUCGGAGACCGAGAUGCAAUUGCGGCAGCAGUACGAUUAA